AACAACAACAACAACAACAACAAGGUAUGCAGCAGGCUACGCAGGGUUUAAAGUUACAACAGCACGCAGCUCCAACUGUGCAACUUGUUGCUGACGAUGCACACGCAUUGGAGUGCACAAGCGGUGGCGGUCGUGUGCACGCUGCUCCACCACCAGCAUCACGAGCAGAACCAACCACAGAACCUCGCGAUGGUGAGCGCACUGUUACCACGCGCAACAUCAGCGAGAAAGAGAGCAGCGAGACCCUCAACAGCACUGACAACAAGGCAGCCGUGGACGCCGGUGCUGCCGCUGCUGAUGAUGACGUGUUGGCGACAGGAGAGCAAGUUGAAGAAGUUGAAGAAGGGCAGGCGGCUGUGAAGGGUCCCGCAAUGCACGACUAUCACCAACACCGACACCGACAGGUGCAGCGACAUGAAGCAGAAGCAGAAGAGAAGGGGUACAGUGCUGCGCCUCCGACACAGCACGAUGAUACGGGCGGCAGCGAGCAUGGCGACAAUAGUCACACUUCAGCAAACGCAGCGGCACCACCAGCAAGGACGACGACGACAGCAUCAACUGCAGCCACUCCAUCAACAACCCCAGCACCAACAGCGGGGGCGAGCAGCGUCAGCAGCGGAAAGAUGAAGCAGUCGAGCACUCGCGGUAUCAAGUCAAGGCUCAAGUCUCGUUUGUACAGCAACUCAAGCACCACCACUGCUACCACUUCAACGCCAAGCAGCACCCGGGGCAGCAAUGCCGCUGCAAAUGCACAAGCAGUUCCAACAACCAAGCAGAAAGACGCACCCACCACGCCAGCCACUACAACGACAACGGCAGCAGCGGCAGUAGCGGCAGCAGCAACGACAACGAGCAAGGCUACGGCUCCAAAGGCAGCAGUCACAAAGGCCACGACCACACGGCGUUGUGAGCGCCCAGUGUCGCCGCCAACACGUCGCGUGCAUGCGGGAACGAAGCCGCGUGCGUCUGUGGACAAAUCUUCGAGGUCCCGAAGUCCAAAACCGCGAGCAAAACCGGCGCACACGCGCGCAGUGACGCAUGCAGCUUCCACCACCGCCACCAGAAGCAGCAAGGCGGCAGCUGGUGCGGGUGGGUCUCAACAGCAGCGGAGCAAGCCACGCAGCUCUCGCGUGUCGCCAUCGCUUCGACUGGGAUCCAAGUCCCCAUCCUCUGCUGCAUCCUCUCCUCGCACGUCACCGCGUCCCAUGAUUAAGUCUCCCACACCGCCGGCGUCCCCGACACUCACAAACACGCACACACGCACGAGCAAGGCCGUGCCGCACGCACCCGUGCCGAAGCAACAGCGCAACGGGUCCAAGCCAGCGCACGCGAACGCAGGCAACGCUCGUGCUGCUGGGCGGAGGCGCCAUGCUGGUGGUGGUGGCGAUGGGGACGGUAAUAGUGAUAAUGCAAAGGCUCCCGCCGCCACCACCACCACAUCGUCGUCGUCGUCAUCAUCAACAUCAGCAGCAGCAGCGCGAACAACGGCUGAGCGGCUGGAGGCGGCGCGGCAACGACGGGAGCAGCUGCAGAUUGCAUUCAAGCAGCAGGCAAGAAACCGUGUGCUGCGCCAGAAGGCGCGCUUUAAGCAGGCGGCAACGCGCAGGCAGGCACACAUGGCAGCCACGGCGGACAAGCUGGGGGAGGAGCACAUGCGCGUGCGUGAGCGCGGUGCGCUGGCGAAGGAGCAGCACAUGCGGUCGCAAAAAGCCAUGGCCGAGGCACUGGCAACACGUGAGCAGGAGCUGCGGGCGAGUGCAGCUGCCAGGGAGGACGAGGUGACAGUGAGAGCGACGCGGCGCGACGGUGAUGACGAUGGCGAUGGUGAUGGCGGUAGUCGGUGCAGCAGUAGGGGUGCGGCAACCUCACGACCACGUGCACGCACGAACACGCGUUCGCGUUCACGGGCGUCGACUGCGCGGACGUCGCGAUCACGUGGCAGCCGCUCGAGCGUUUACAGCAGCGCCAGCAGUGGCGGCGCUGGUUCAAGUGUCAGCCUGUCGCGGUCUGGAACACGCGGGGCUGUGCAGUCAACGGGCACACGAGCAGCGCCAGCAGUGCAUCGCGCAAGCAAGUCCGCCACAGUGUCCCGCCGUGCCUCAGGGCAGAGCAUUGGCAGCAGCGGUGGCGGCGGAAGGCACGCGCACUCUGCACACGCGUCUCGUGCAGCGUCGCGGGAUGCAAUGAAACUUCCUUCCAGCGGCAGCCGUGACGCCGUCACCAGGAGCAACACCAACGCAGGCGAGGAUGCGUCUGGCUCAAUCCAUUCCGGUAUCAACACAACAGACAUGACACCACAAGAGUCGCAGCCUGAGUCAUCUGAACCGCCGCCGUCGCUGUCCGAUGUUGAGCAGUCGCCCUCCAAAUCACGCGUGUUGCCAGCAGCGGCGGUGGCGAAACAACACGAGUCACCUCUCACACGCACGGCGCGGCAGCUGCUGCAGCGGCACAAGCGACAGUCGAUUGCUGACAGCCAAAGACAGCAGCAGCAACAGCAGGAGGAGGAGGUGGUUGUGGGGGUGGAGGAAAAGGAGGAGGAAGGUGAUGAUGGUUCACGCGGACACCGCAAGGACGACGAGACGGAAGAAGAGAAAAAGCGAGUGUCCUCGAGCCACAGGCAGCUGCACGAGGAGAAGGAACAACAACAACAACAACAACAACAACAACAACAACAACAACAACAACAACAACAACAACAACAACAACAACAACAAGCUCAAGGCAGCGUUGGUGUGCGGGAGUACCUCAUGCAGCGGCUGACAGAGCGCCUCGGGGACGAAAAGCGCGCACUGCUGCAGUCUGUUGCCAAGCAACCAGCCAUAGACGCGCAGCGAGAUAGGCGGAAGGCCGGGCACGGUGGCAGCUCCAGCAGCGCUUCCACGGUGGUGAAGCACAGGCCGGAGCAAUACCAAGUGGUGAAGCGGCAGACCACCGCCAGUACAGACAGCCCCGACCGCGAUGCCAUCCUGCUGCGGAGCCGGGCGCGCGGGUCACGGCGUGUUGUUCGUCGCGCCACGCAAGACACCACCAGCACGCAACACCAAGGGCACCAGCAAGCGCAACAGCAGCCACAACAGCACCGUGAUGGCCUGCCAAUGGCAAAGACGCCAAAGGCCGUGAGCGGACAGGAUGCUCGGAAUGGAGGCAGCACCGUCGACCGCCGGGCAAUACGACCAGGGGACAUGGCACGCGCGCAUAUGCGCCAGCGAGCCAUGAGCAGGCUGCACGCUUACCAAUCCGGCCAACAUGCACCCAGCACCGCGACCACAACUGCUCACGUUCAGCACCAAGACCAGCAGCGACAACUGCCCAAGCCAGCCACCGACGACGGUGAUGAGCGAGCUGCCAUCCUCGUCUCCUCGCGGUCCCGGUCCCGCCGUCGCCGCGUUGUUCAACAGCAGCAGCAGCACCCGUCACCUGCACACCAGCAUCAGCACAAGCAGCAGCACCAGACGCGACUGUGA